AUGCCGAUAUACCGGCUAACCUAUUUCGAUGCGAUGGGCCGAGCCGAGCCUUCACGGCUGCUUUUCGCCCUGGCCGAAGUCGAGUUCGAAGACAAGCGAAUCGCAGCCCGAGACUGGCCACAGGUCAAGUCCACAGUCCCAUGGGGCCAAUUGCCGUUGCUGGAGGUUGACGACCGAUCCCUCUCCCAUUGUCGGGCCAUCGAGCGCUUUUUGGCCAAACGAUUUGGCUUCUCCGGAAAAGAUGAAUGGGAGGAGGCAAAAGUCGAUGAACUGGUGAUGGGGGUAGAAGAGCUACUAGGCAAGAUGCAGCCCUGGCUUGAUGAGAGCAACACAACUGCCAAGAUAAACCUGCUGAAAAAGCUGGUCGAGGAGGUCAUCCACCCAUUCCUGGUGUUGUACGAAGAUUUUCUAGACAAAAACGGGUCCGGAUUCCUUGUUGGGAGUCAGAUAACACUAGCCGAUCUUGUUGUUUAUCACGUCGUCUCGUUCCUCGAUCAGAAAAUCAUCCCCCGGCAGGUGACGGCAAAGUUCCCGAAGCUGUGCACAUUCACUCGGAAGAUUCAGGCGAUGCCCCGGAUAAAGACGUGGCUGGAGGCGCGCCCAAAGACCGAAGUU